UUACACCCCGAUAACGUAGUUACGGAUCAUUGUCGUUUCGUUCUCGCCUCCAUGUAGACGUAUCGUUGUUUUCUAUAACAGACAUCGACAUUUAAUUCAAUUACUAUAGUAUCAAUCACUAUCAUUAUAACGCAAAUCGACAUCAAGACGAUCGUUGCCCAAAGUAUCUGCAGUUAACAUCACGUGUGAUGGCUGUCAACUUCGGACAGCUCUUGCAGCAGCUGGUCGUCGGCUACCUGUUGCUAACCACGGUCGUCCGAGCGUCAUCGCCCCAAGGUGAUGAUAGCAGCAGCAGUCGCGUUAAGUACACUACCGAUUUGUUGGACGACUCGAUCGAUGACACCGCCGACUCGACCUCGUUUGUCAACGAUGACCCCAAUAACCCUUCUGAGUUUCAGUCGAGAUUUUCAAGUUACGGAACUAAAUCAACGAAAAACACGAAUCUCAAAACACAGGAAAAUCAAGAAGCAUGCAUUGCAACUUUUAAAUCACCUGAAAACUCUAUUUCCGUAUGUUCUACAACAACUAAAAUUUGCCAGGCUACUUGUGUAGAAGGUUAUAAAUUUCUCAAUGGCGUUUCAAAAAUUUCGUUUGUGUGCGAUGGUAACAGAUACAAAGUCAAAGGAUCAAAUUCUUUCGCUAUGCCAAUAUGUCUCCCUGUUUGUAAUCCAUAUUGUGAAAAUGGAGGUACUUGUGAGAAACCCAACAAGUGCAGUUGUCCGAAAAAUUACGAUGGCCCAACGUGUCAAAAUUUAAUCGUUCAUAAGUACUGCCACGGUUAUCCCAACACACCAAUGAAUUCAAGAAAGAAAUGCAAUUCAGAUGCGUGUACAAUUAACUGUAUUGAUGGAUACCAGUUCCCAGAUUCAUCUAGUGUGACAAACGUAUUUUGUAAAAAUGGCUCUUGGAUACCCGGGAAAGUCGAAUGGUCGACAGUUCCAGACUGUAAACCAGUGUGCGAUCCACCUUGUUUAAACGGUGGUAAUUGUAUUGGAUAUCAGAAGUGUCAAUGUCCGACUGACUUUAGAGGCCCUACAUGUCAAUACCCGGAAAGUUCGUGUGAUGUAACAAAAUUAAAUUUCAAUGGAAAUUAUAAAUGUUCUGAUGAUAUGGAGAAAAACGUAUGCACACUCUCAUGCCCUCAAGGAUCUGUUCUUCAACCAUUUAAAACAACUGAAGUCGAAUAUACUUGUCUGUAUAAAACUGGAGAAUAUGAACCAAAACAUAUACCUCAGUGUUUAUUUGAUGGGAAACCUUCUAAAUUAAUAAAUGUUAUUAAAACCGAAGUUGAAGUAAUUAAUACGCAUAAAAGUCGACCGGGGAGUUGUAGUCGUUGGGGUUUUGGAAACUAUAAGACGUUUGAUGGAAAGAUAUAUAGUUUCCAAAGUGAUUGCACCUAUACACUAAUUAGCGAUAUUAAAACCAACUUAUUUCAUAUUCAAGCACGUUUUGAUCAGGGAAUCAUUAGUUAUAUCAAUGUUUAUAUUGUUGAUAAUCUGUAUCAAAUAAAAAAAAAUGCUGACAAUAACGUCGUUUCGUUGAUAAAUAAUGGUAAACUACUUGCCGUACCUAAUGAGUUAUCAGAUAUAAGUGUUGAAAUUAUUAGUGGUCAAACAGUAUUCAUUAAUUUACGCACUGCUAAUUUAAAAAUAACCUGGAAAUCUAAUGGUGCUUUAAUCAUAGACGCCGGUGUUGAGUUAUGGAAUUCGACUGAUGGUCUUUGUGGAAAAAUGGACGGUACAUCGGCAAACGAUUUGUCAUAUAAUAGUGUGACAAGUUUUGCGAACAAGUGGCUAGUGAAUGGGCUGAACGAAAUAUGUGAAUCACCUAUUACAGAAACCAUAAAUGUUUCUUAUGAAAUUAUGCAAAAAGCUACACAAUUUUGUUUUACUAUUAAAAAUGAUAGGUUUAACGUUUGUGCUAGUAAAAAUAUUAAUGUUAAAGCAUAUAUCGAAGCAUGUAAAAUGGACUAUAUUCAAUGUCAUCUGAUAAAUGGAACUGAUUGCGGAUGUAGUAGUAUUGUCAUCUUUGCAGAGGAAUGUUUUGGAAAAGAAACGACGAUUUCAUGGAGAGAUGAUAACAUAUGUCCUUACCGAUGUUCUAGUGGAAAAGUAUAUUCACAGUGUUUGCCAGUUGUACAAGAAACAUGCACUAUUGCAGCUGAAGUAAAGACAAAAAAUGUCAACUCAUACUGUGAGGAAGGAUGCGUUUGUCCAUUUGGAACUGUUCUAAACGAUGGUAUAUGCAUAGUAAAAGAAAAGUGUCCAUGUAAGUUAAGAAAUAAAAUAUACCUACCCGGGGAAGAAAUUACUAAAGAUUGCAACAAAUGUACUUGCAUUGGCGGAGAGUGGAGUUGCACCAGUGCCAAAUGCCGAGGAGAAUGUUAUGCGAUUGGAGAUCCACAUUAUAAAACAUUUGACGGCCUGAAAUUCAAUUUCAUGGGAUCCUGUUCAUAUUAUCUCGUCGUUUUGCCCGAGUUUUCGAUUGAAGCAGAAAAUAUCCCGUGUGACGGUACAAUGUCGUUGGAACAUGGUUUUGAAGUACCAAAUUUUUCGGGAAAAGCAACUUGCACUAAAACACUUACUAUACGAAUCGGAAAUAGCACAACUAUUAAAUUGGGCCAAGAAAAAAUAGUUUUCGUUAACGGUGAGAUUGUAGAAAAAUUACCGAUAAAUGUACAAGGUAGAGCUUACAUUAGAGAACAGUCAACAUUUUUCCUUCAAAUUAUAAUUACAAAUGGCAUUGAAGUAUGGUGGGAUGGAGAUACUCGUGCAUAUAUUUAUGCUGAUCCAGAACUCGAAGGAAAAACUAAGGGCUUAUGUGGUACAUAUAACGGUAACCAGAAAGAUGAUAUGUUUACUCCCGAAGGGGACAUCGAGACAAAUGUUGUUUCUUUUGCAAAUAAGUGGAAGACAAAAGAGAGUUGUGCAAAUAACAAAUUAGAAACUGUAAUAAAAACUGCUCAUCCAUGCGAUGAAAAUAUACAGUAUAAACAUUUAGCUGAAAGCUAUUGUAGCAAUAUCACAGGAAAGUUAUUCUCAGAUUGUCACACUCAAGUAGAUCCAAUUCCUUAUUACGAUGAUUGUCUUUACGAUGUUUGUUCUUGUCAUCCUGGUCAAUUUUCACGUUGCUAUUGUCAAAUAUUAGCUUCUUAUGCUCUUGAAUGUUCACACCAAAAUACGAUCAUAGAUUGGAGAAGAGGUGUGAGAGAAUGUGGUGUACAAUGUCCAGCCGGUCAAAAUUAUGAUACAUGUGGUAAUUCUUGCCAGCGAACGUGUAAAGAUAUUUCCACUAUCAAUACUUGCAAGUCCAACUGCGUUGAAGGCUGUUAUUGUCCUAAGGGGUUGACCUUAUCAGAUUACGGUGAAUGCAUACCCGUUGCAAAAUGCCCGUGUUAUUACAAUGGUCAAACAUUUAAAUCUGGUCAAAAAAGAAUCGAAACUACUGGCAAAGGGCCACAGUUUUGUACGUGCAUAAGUGCAGCAUGGGAAUGUCGUUCUGCUGAAAAAAAUGAAAUAGCACAGUGGAAAGAUACAUCGGAAAGUUCGUGCAGUCGACGAAAACAUUUGAUAUUUACUGAAUGCGAACCUUCAGAACCAAUAACUUGCCGUAAUAUGCAUGAUCCUCCACAAUCAACACCAGCCAUAUGUUAUUCAGGAUGCGUUUGUAAAAAACCGUAUGUUCUUGAUUCGUUUACAAAAGAAUGUGUAUUACCAAACGAAUGUCCAUGUCAUCACGGUGGUAAAAGUUAUAAUAACAAUGAUACAUUUUAUCAAGGUUGCAAUACAUGCGAAUGCAAUUUGGGAAAAUGGGAGUGUACGAAUAACGAAUGUCCAGGAAUUUGUUCGGUCUGGGGAGAUUCACAUUUUCAAACAUUCGAUUCUCGAUAUUUUGACUUUCAAGGUGCAUGUGAAUAUAUUUUAUCUAAAGGAACAUUUACUAGUUAUGAAUCUUUUGUGACAUCCAUAGAAGUUGUACCUUGUGGUUCAACAGGAGCAACAUGUAUAAAAUCCAUAACUUUAACGGUUGGAAGUGGCGAUGAGGUUGAAUCUAUACAAUUGAAAAAUAAACAAACUCUUUCCAAUACUAAAAGAAUAAUUGUCAAAGAAGUUGGACAUUUUGUGGUUGUCGAAGUUCCUGAUUUGGGAAUACAAAUAUAUUGGGACAAAGGUACAAAAAUUAAUUUGCAACUCGACCAAAAAUGGAAAACUAACGUUAAAGGGUUAUGUGGAAAUUAUAAUGACAAUCAAAUGGAUGAUUUCCAAACACCUUAUGGGGGUAUACCUGAAGUAUCAGCAUUAUUGUUUGGGGAUUCAUGGAAGCUACAGCCUCACUGUACUCAACCGUCUGAAAUACGAGAUGCUUGUGUGUUACAUCCACAUCGUAGACAAUGGGCAAUUCAUCAAUGCAGUGUUCUUAAAUCUUCUAUAUUCAAGCCUUGUCACUCACACGUUUCUAUAGACAAUUAUAUAGAAAGGUGUAUUUUUGACACUUGUGCUUGUGACCAGGGAGGCGAUUGUGAGUGUUUGUGUACAGCAAUAGAAGCAUACGCUCAAGAAUGUAGUAUUCGUGGUGUUUAUAUAAAAUGGAGAUCUCAAGACUUAUGCCCAAUUCAAUGUGAAAAUGGUACAUCUUAUGAUUCUUGCAUACCACGAUGUUCUAAAAAAUCGUGUGACGACUAUGUUUCUCAAACAUCAGAAUUAUGUGAUGACAAAUUUUGCAUUGAAGGUUGUGCUAAAGAUCAUUGUCCAUUUGGUCAAGUUUAUCUUAAUUCUACAUCUGAUGUAUGUGUUUCUAAAAACAAAUGCAAAAUUCCUUGUAAAAUUGAAGGCUCUGACCGUUUAUUUAACGAAGGUGACAUUGUUUUUGAAGAUGACUGUCACUCAUGCUUUUGUUCAAGAAAUAAGAAAAUAUGUAAAGGUCAACCCUGUUCUACCCCAGCCACAAUAAUCACAACAACCACUAAAUUCCCCGAUAUAACUACCACUACUACCACUUCAACUACUACAACUACUACAACCAGUAAACCAAUAUCAGACCAAAAUAUUAAUAAAACAAUCGAAGUAUUAUGUACUGAAGGUUGGAGCGCUUGGAUAAAAGUGAAUCAAUUAAAAAGCAAAAGUUUAACUAAAUUUGAAUAUAUGCCCACAUUUGAAGAUCUGAUUUCUAUAGAACACGAUGGCAAAGUGGGCUUAAAAAAUAAUACACUGGGAAUGUGUGUGCAUGAUAAAAUGGAUAAUAUCCAAUGCAGACCGUCGAAGGUGAUAAAAGGCAUUAAAAAUACCAAUAAUAAUGUCGACUGUGGCAUAAAAAAAGGACUUGUGUGUGAUGGUAAAUGUAAUGACUAUGAGAUUCGUGUACAUUGUAAAUGUAAUAAGGAAUCAAGCACUGAAGAAGAAAAUCUUGGUCUUAUUGUUGACGAGGAUCGAACAAUCAAUAAAACUCAAACAGUUUGUUUGGACGGAUUUAGAUGGCAAGGUUGCAAGGUAAUGUGUAACCAAGUGUGCCACUCAUUUGAAAAUCAACUCAAACACACAAAUAUGUGUGUAUAUCCACAAACAUGUAUUGGAGGUUGUGUUAAAGAAAGUGAACAGUACACAGCAUGUCCCGUUGGGUCCAUGUGGAGGGACAAUAACACGUGCGUGUCUAAAGGUGACUGCACUUGCUUUUCUAGAAAUGGUACUCAAGUGAAGCCCGGUGGCGUUUUCAAAGAAGAUCGGUGCACUGUAUGCCAAUGUAUAAACAACGCUUAUAUCUGUGACGAUUCUUCUUGUCAAAAUAAACCAUCUACUGAACCUAUUGAGCUCACAACUCAAGAAUAUUAUGAAACUACUGUACUUGAAGAAAUCACCAAGUCAUACACGAAAACAACUAAUAAUGAUUCUACUUCGGUUUCGCAUGAGUAUACCACUGAAAAGCCUACAACGACAACAGAGUAUACAAGCACAAUUAAAUGGCCUGAAACUAGUACUACUAGUCCUUAUUUGAUUGAGUCCACUACAUUACCGAUAAAAGAAUCAUCCACUGUAAAAAAUAACAAAACAACAACCACAGAAAUUAUUUUUAUACCUUCUACAGUGUCUCCUCCAAUAGUUAUUUGUGAUUCACAUGGAAUCAAACCGAUAACUGCCACUUUAGAGCCACUGUCAUUCGAUGCUAGUUCAUGGUUUGACGAAACUACUGCACCUCAGUACGCCCAGUUAUAUUCGCAAGCAAAUGGUUAUUGGAAACCGUCUAAGCCAACCGAAAACGAAUAUUUACAAAUUUAUUUAGGGUACCCGGAAACGAUUUAUGGGGUAGAGAUAUCUGGUAGUCCUCUAACCGAUGAAUACGUAACAAGUUACAAUGUAGCAUACAGCUUGGAUGGUAUAAGUUAUAGUCACGUUUCAUAUCAUGGACAACCCGAAGUGUUCCGAGGUCCUUAUUCGCAUAAUAUAGUAGAAAAACAAAUAUUUUUUACUCCUAUUGAGGCAAAAUACGUUCGAAUUAUACCUAUGACUUGGCGCAAUAAUAUUUCAAUGCGAGUUGCAUUAUUAGGAUGUCCAGUUACGUCUACUACACUUGGUUAUGAAAUUCAAUCAACUAUAAAGCCAUCCAACAAAUCUAUUUGUUCCGAUCCAAUGGGAAUCGAAUCUGGCUUAUUAAACAAUAUGAUAUCGGUUUCAUCGUCUACUUUUGAAAAUUUCAAUGCUAUCAAUGUGUCACUCAAGAGUGAAUCAGCAUGGGUACCAUUUACAGCUUCAACCAAUCAAUGGAUUCAAGUAGAUUUUACGGAACCUAGAAUUAUAACUGGUAUUAUAACUAAAGGUAUUUCAUCAAAAAGCGAAACAGGUGAAGCGUGGAUUGAAGCAUACAAAAUCGUGUAUAGCAAUGAUUUAAUAAAUUGGAAUAAAAUAUUGGAUUCUAACUCAGUUGAACAGAUUUAUUCAGCUAAUUUUGACGGGAACAGUCCAAAUACGGUAUUUUUCAAAACUCCAAUAAGAACUCGUUAUAUCAGACUUCACCCGGAAAAAUGGUACAAUAUGCCGGCAUUGAGAUUGGAAAUUCUUGGAUGCUUCGAAGCGUACGCCACCGAAGAAACAAUUAUUCAGACAACAAUAAAACCUGCUAUUCAUCUCACGAACUGUAAUAUUUGUCCCGGCUUAACAAAUAAUGACUGCACUUGUCAAUCGGAAACGUGGUGGAAUGGCGAGAAUUGUGGACUACGUUCCGAAUGUCCAUGUGUUCUAGGAAUUAUGACAUACCAAGUCGGUACAGUGUACGAUUUAGAAAACUGUCAACAGUGCACAUGUACUCUUGGUGGAUUGCCUGACUGUGCACCAAAAGUGUGUGGUCCUUGUCCUCCAGGUGAGGUUUCCAAUACUGCAACAUCCAGUUGCAAAUGCGAAUGUAAACCAUGUACAAAUGGCACAAAAUUAUGUCCGACGUCUAAUGUAUGUCUCGAAGAAUCUCUUUGGUGCAACGGGAUUCAAGAUUGCCCUGACGAUGAAAUUAACUGCUUAACAACUACUACAACAACAACUACUACCACCCCAACUAAAAUAAUAACAACAAAAUCUACCACGCCAGCUGAAAUAAUAACAACAACAACAACAACUAUAGCUCCAACCGUUACAGAAGAAAUUAAAACAACUAUUCCAAUAAUUGUUCCACCAAAAAAAAGAGGGCAAGGUCCAUGUCCUGAAAUAAAAUGUCCAGAAGGACAAAUAGCAAAAAUUUUAAACUCAUUACCAGUGAAAACCAAUUCAAUCAAAUUUGCUCGAAAAACAAGAAGUCCAGAAAUUAUUGAAGACGAUCCAUGGCCAUCACCGUUUAAUCCUAUGACUAAUUUAGCAGCAUCAGUGAAAAGAAACCAUCAAGACCCACUAUUUAGUACUAAAGGAACAACUAUUCGGCGUAAAGGAGGUAUUAGUUUUGGUGUUAAGAGUGGAGGUGUGAAAAACGAUAAUCAACAACCAAUAUGUAAACAAUGGAUUUGUGAAGCACAAGUAGAACAAUUCAAGUGUAAUACACCUUCAAUUACAUGCCAAGAGGGAUAUUUCUUACAAAUAACGCCAAAUGACAACGACAUUUGCCCAGUUUAUACAUGUGUUUCGAAUACAUUGGAUGAAAGUGAAUGUGAAAUCGAUGGCAGAGUAUUUAAAACCUUCGACGGAGUUACAUACAAAUAUGAAAUUUGUGAUCAUAUUGUUGUCAGAGAUCGAGUGCAUAAAAAAUGGAUGAUAAAACAAAUCCGCCGUUGUCCAUACAUUGGUGCUUGUCAAAUAUCUUUGUGGAUAGAUCAUUUGAAUCACACUAUUGAAUUUUUCCCAAAUAUGACAACUACUUAUGAUGGAUAUUCUUAUACUGUUAAUCAGCUUCAAGUUAUAGGAAGUCAAGCUACGCAAUUCGCCGUCAAACAAGUUCAAACUGAUUAUAUUAUAUUUGCCAGUACAUUAGGUUUUAACAUUAUUUGGCAAGUUAAUGGACAAGUUAAAAUAAAGGCGAAUGCAUAUUAUACUGGAAGAGUUGACGGUCUUUGUGGAUUUUUCGAUAAUAACCCUGCAAACGAUAAGCUUAAGCGUGAUGGAGUUAUUGCUACAACUACACCAGAAUUUGGAAACUCUUGGGCUGAUUCUAAUGUACAAUGUGAAGCUAAAAUAUGUCCACUGCAUAUACAAAAAGCGGCUCUCGAGGCUUGUAAUGUAUUUAGAUCGGAACCAUUGAAUCAGUGUGGUGAAAAUGAGCAUAUUGAAGAUUUUGUGAUGAAAUGUGUAGAAAGCAUUUGCACAUGUUCUGAAAACACGGUAAAUGAAUUUUCCGAAUGUAGAUGCAAAGCAAUUUCAGGAUUAGUUACUCAAUGCUAUGUAACAAAUUCAUCUGUUGAACUUUCUGACUGGCGUAUACUACACGAUUGCCCUGUAAAUUGUCCUGCUCCUCUGGUGUACAAAGAAUGUUUCAACAGAGUGUGUGAGCCUACUUGUGAUUCAUUACUUCAAAGUGAUCCAUGUCCAAAAUUACCUGGCUUUUGUUUCCCGGGAUGUUAUUGUCCAGAAGGUUUUAUUAAAGAAUUAGGGUCUUGUAUAAAACCAUCUAAGUGCAGAAAUUGUGUAUGUGAAGGAUCGGGUACCAGUCAUUAUACAACAUUUGAUAAGGUUGACUUUACUCACGAACAAAAUUGUUCCCAUGUUUUAGUAAAAACUACAAAAGAAAAUGAUUCAUUAAAACCUGGGUUUACAAUUGUAGAGACUACUGGAAAAUGCUCUAAUCCAUUGUUUUCAAAUGGAGUUUGUGUUCAAAAUCUAACUAUCAUCCAUGCCGCUCACGAAUUGCACCUAUAUUAUAAUGCGGACGCUUCCAAGAUAUUAGCAAUUGUUGAUGGGAAUGAAGCCAGUAAAAUACCAUUUACAAAUAAAUGGCUAUCAAUAACAGAAUCUCCUGGAAAAUCUGUGACAGCUAGUAUUCCAAUUCUUGAAUUAGAAGUUAUAUUUAUGACUAUGAAUCAAGGUUUUUCAAUAAAAAUGCCUUCACAUUUAUACUACGAUAAAACUGAAGGUCUGUGUGGUAGCUGUAAUGGAGAUUCUACAGAUGAUAUGGCAGCUCCAGAUGGAAAUAUUCCGAUAAACGCUGAUGAGUUCGUAACGAGCUGGAAGGAAAAUGGAACGAAAUUUGAACAGUGUGAAGCCAUCAUAACUGAAGUAAAAGAAAAAGAAGAAACGUGUACUAUUCCUAAUCCAGAUGUAGAUCCAUGUCUUAAGUUAAUGGAUUCUAAGUUAUUUGGCCAAUGCCAUGCUAUUGUCGAUGUUAAAAUAUACUUGAAAAAAUGUCAUUCCAUUUUAUGUCAAGGUCACGAAGGAUCAUUUUGUCAUUCGUUAGAAGCUUACGUUCGCGAAUGCCAAUCGUUUGGCGUUUGUUUAGACUGGAGAUCUCCAAAUCUAUGCCCUUAUUCUUGUCCAAAAGGAUUAUUCUAUAAGGCUUGUUCGUCUGGAUGUGAAGAAACCUGUGAUAACUAUAAAGCUUUAAGGUCCGGGGAAACAUUGUGUAAGAAUCUGCCUACAGAAAUGUGUACAUGUCCAACUGGUCAAGUCUUUAAUAAUAGCAUAUGUAUAAACGAAAAUCGCUGUGAACCUUGUGACAAUGAAAAUCAUUUUGUUGGAGAUACGUGGUUAGCUGACAAAUGCACUACGUGCACGUGUUCAAAAAGUUCCAAAACUGUACACUGUGAAAAAAAACAAUGCACUCAAUCAUCGUUUACAAUUUGUCAAACUGGUUUUAAAUCAGUAAAGGAUGAAGAUAACUCAGACGAAUGUUGUGUACAAUAUAAAUGUGUACAAGAAGAAAAUGUCGUUCAGAACUGUACGGAUAUUGCGAUGCCUGUAUGCGCAGUAGAUCAAGUAGUCAAAAUGGAAUUGACUCCAAAUGGUUGUAAGAGAUUUAUUUGUGAAUGCAAACCUAAGGAUGAAUGUUAUUCGGGUUUACCUGACAAAGAUGUGGAACUUUUACCCGGUAUGGUUAAUGUUAUGAAUAAUCAAGGGUGUUGUCCUUCAUUCCAAGCUAUCUGUGCGCCAGAAACUUGUCCUACACCAAAACCAUGUCCUAUGUAUUACGAGCAAUCUAUUAUUGAUAAUCACAGUUGUUGUCCACAAUUUAAGUGUGAAUUGCCGAAUAAUACAUGUAUUUACGAAUACGAGUGGAUCGCCUCGACGGAUGGCGGAGAACGUAAACGCUCUGAAAACGAGAGAACCGUAGUUUUAAAACAGUUGGACGAUACUUGGGAAGACGGUCCCUGCCGAUCGUGUUACUGCGAUAUGACGUCUACGCGAGGAACUUGUAACAAAAUUGAAUGCGCUGCUCCGUUAAUAAGCUCCGACUACGUGAUAGUAUCACACACGAAAUAUGGUCAGUGUUGCCCAAGUUACAAGAAAGAGUCGUGUAUUUUUAAUGGGACGGUUUAUAAUGUCGGAAGCGAAUGGUCUUCAUUUGAUCCCUGCGUAUCUAUGAGCUGUAAACUAGAUAACAAUGGCGAAGCGUUUAUCACCGAAUCCGUAAAAAGUUGCAACACCGAGUGUCCACUGGGUUGGACGUAUACACCUUCAACAAACAGUUGUUGUGGAACGUGCAUACAGCAGUUUUGUGUGAUGCAAAAUAAGACCUAUUCAGAUAAUGACACAUGGUCGUAUGACAAUUGUACGUCGUUCUUUUGUUCAAAGUCUGAAUUCAACGAGUUUAAUAUCAUACCGGCGUACCACGCGUGCCCGAAUAUCGGCGACUGUCCGGAAAACAGAAUCUAUUACGACGGAUGUUGCGAACAGUGCAACACCACAGGGACUAUUGAAAAAGAGAGCCAUAGCCUUUGUGCUCCAGAGAGCUUACCCAUCAAUCAAACAGUCGGUCUGGUAACAGAAGACAAUCCAUUCCAUGACACGUGCAUGAAUACCGAAGGCAUAGUUGGAUUCACGGAGUGUCGGGGUCUUUGCGAUUCGUACACGUACUUCAAUAAAAAAACAAUAAGACACGAUUCGAAAUGUCAAUGUUGUCAGCCAAUCCGUUACGAUAAAUUGUCCGUGGUAUUGCAGUGCAAGGAUGGCUAUCAGUAUAACAAGCCUGUCUCAGUACCGUCGGCAUGUUCUUGUACGGCGUGCGGCGGCGAGAGCUUUUCGAUAAAAAAAUCAAGAAAACUUUAAAACGAUACUUGAAUCGUAACAACGAAAUGAAAAAAUAUUAGAGCUUGUACCUAACCGAAUACUUAAGCCAUUUAUUUAUUUUAAUGUCUAAAUAAUUAAACAAGACAUUUAUUUUUUA